AUGCUUCAUAACAAGUCUUUCGUUAAGAAAACCAAAGGUGGCAAAGUCAUGAAGCAAGUGAGGGAACACUACUUGCGAGAUGAUAUAUAUUGUGGUGCUCCGUCUUGCACUGUCUGCGAUUCUUCUGGUGCUCGGCUUAGUGAUUCUGCUUCCACAAUUCUGGUUGUUGACACCAAUGUUGUUCUUAAUCAGAUUGAUUUGCUGGAAAAUUCAGCCAUUGACGAUGUUGUUGUACUGUCCAUUGUGCUGGAAGAGGUUAAGAACAAGAAUAUGUCUGUUUAUAAUCGGUUAAGAGCUAUAUGUAGCAAUUCAAAUAGGAAAUUCUUUGUUUUUUCCAAUGAGUACCACAGGGAUACAUAUGUUAAGGAAAUGAGUGGGGAAACAAAAAAUGACAGGAAUGAUAGAGCUAUUCGAGUGGCUGCACAGUGGUAUCAGAAGCAUCUAGGUGGUGCAGUAAAGGUUUUGCUUGUAACUAAUGAUAAAGAGAAUAAAAGGAAAGCUAGUGAAGAGGGCAUUUGUGCAGAAACAGUUGAGUCAUAUGUCAAGUCUUUGGACCGACCUGAUUUACUCGACCUGCUUGUGCGGCCUUCAUCUGAAGAUGUAGAGAUGGAAGAUGUUGAAGAUCACAGACCAUCCAAGAGGAAAGUAAUUUAUUCAGAGCAUAAGCCAAUGUCAGAAAUCACUUCUGGUUUGCAUCGAGGAAUAUAUCAUCAAGGGAAACUUCGUGUAAACCGUUACAAUCCAUUUGAAGCAUAUGUUGGGAGUGAGAGUAUUGGUGAUGAAAUAAUUAUAUAUGGGCGCUCUAACAUGAAUCGAGCUUUCGAUGGUGAUAUUGUGGCAGUUGAACUUUUGCCAGAGGACCAAUGGCAAGGGGAGAAAUCUCUAUCUAUAGUUGGCGAAGAAGACGAGGAUGAGGAUGAAGAUGUUCAUCUAGCCCCAAAUAGUGCUGAUGAUGCUCCCAGAACUACUCCUCAGCAAGGUUCUACUGGAGUAAUAAAUGCUCAAUCCAGUCGUCCCUCUGGUCGCAUUGUUGGUAUUAUAAAGAGAAACUGGCAUUCGUAUUGUGGAUCUUUGGAGCCAAUGCCUAUGCCUGGAGGAAGUCGCGGUGUUGCCUAUGCAUUGUUUGUCUCCAAAGAUCGUAGAUUUCCCAAGAUUCGUAUCCAGACCCGCCAACUUGAGAACCUUUUGGACAAGAGGAUUAUGGUAUCAGUUGAUUCUUGGGAUCGUCAAUCUCGAUAUCCAUCUGGCCAUUAUGUGCGGACUAUAGGAGAGAUAGGUGAUAGAGAUACUGAAAGUGAGGUGGUUUUGAUAGAAAAUGAUAUAAACUCAAGGCCAUUCUCUGCACAAGUGCUAGCGUGUUUGCCACCAUUGCCAUGGUCAGUCUCUUCUGAAGAUUUGUCCAUUCCAUUUAGGCAGGAUUUGCGUCAUUUGCGUGUCUUCAGUGUGGACCCUCCAGGCUGCAAGGAUAUUGAUGACGCACUUCACUGCUAUACUCUUCCAAAUGGAAACUUUGAAGUUGGAGUUCAUAUUGCCGAUGUUACGAAUUUUGUGUUUCCUGGCACUCCACUCGAUGAUGAGGCUUCUCAAAGGGGCACAUCUGUCUAUCUUGUUGAACGAAGAAUAGACAUGCUUCCAAAACCUUUAACAGAGGACGUAUGUUCUCUUCGUUCUGACGUGGAAAGGCUAGCAUUCUCUGUCAUAUGGGAAAUGACACCUGAAGCAGACAUUAUUUCCACCAGAUACACAAAAAGUGUCAUAAAAUCUGCGGCAGCAUUGUCUUAUGUUGAAGCACAAGCGAGGAUGGAUGAUAGUCGAUUGAUGGAUCCAGUAACUACUGACUUGAGAAAUAUGAAUAGUUUAGCCAAGAAAAUGAGAUUAAGGCGUAUUGAGAGAGGAGCUUUGACUCUUGCAUCUGCAGAAGUCAAAUUUCAAAUUGACACAGAGACUCAUGAUCCCCUUGAUAUUGGCAUGUACCAAAUCCGGGAAGCCAAUCAAAUGGUGGAGGAGUUUAUGCUUGCUGCUAAUGUUUCUGUUGCGCAACAAAUUCUUAAAAGCUUUCCUUUGUGUUCGUUAUUAAGGCGACAUCCGACUCCAACUAAAGAGAUGCUUGAACCCUUGCUACGUGUUUCUGCUGCAAUUGGCCUGAACUUGGAUGUCUCAUCAUCAAAAGCAUUGGCUGAUUCUCUUGACCUUGCUGUGGGUGGUGAUCCAUACUUCAACAAGUUGAUCCGUAUUCUUGCCACUAGAUGCAUGAGUCAGGCAGUUUAUUUCUGUAGUGGGGAUCUCAGCCCUCCAGAAUAUCAUCAUUAUGGGCUUGCAACACCUUUAUAUACCCAUUUCACAUCACCUAUAAGAAGAUAUGCAGAUGUCAUUGUACACAGGCUACUUGCUGCUUCUAUAGGAAUAUCCAAGUUGCCAUCUGUAUUUCAAGACAGGCUGCAGCUCACUAGUACUGCAGACAAUUUAAAUUAUAGGCACAGGAAUGCUCAGAUGGCAGGGCGGGCAUCUGUAGAGCUGCAUACUCUCAUUUAUUUCCGGAAGAGGCCAACAGAUACGGAGGCUAGGAUAGUAAAGAUAAGAUCUAAUGGGUUUUUUGUGUUUGUCCCCAAAUACGGUAUUGAAGGUCCUGUAUAUUUGACAACAAGAGCUGAAAAGGGUAGUGGAGAAUGGUACGUAGAUGAACAAGAGCAAAAGAUUAAAAAGAUGGAUGGUAGCAUUUCAUACAGCAUUUUGCAGACAGUACAAAUUCACAUGGAGGUUGUGGAACCUCAGCCUAACCGGCCAAAACUUCAGCUUACUCUCAUCUAG